GAUGAUUUAAAUACAACUGUAACCUUCACACACAUGAGAAAACUUGGCGGAUAUCCAAAAUGGGAGAGAAAUUUAUCAUGCCCCUCAAGUCCUGAAUACCCUACUCGUAGUCCAGAAUUAUAUUGUUCACGGGGUCAAAAGGGUCACUCUCGUCCCACAGCAUUACACUCGGAUGACAGUGUAUUUUACUCCGACUUCAAAAACGGACAUUUAAACAAGAAAUGCGUAAGUGUAGAGUUAGCUGAUUUAAGUAAAACUGAAAAUUUUUCUGACAGUCUUUAUCAAUGUCAGUAUAUGACAUUAACCCAGAGGUUAAAGCAAUUUCCCUCUUACCCAACUCCUGGGUUAUUAACAAUUCCUGUUGAAAAACAACAAGAAUUUAUUCCCAGUCCACCUAGCGGAGAAAAUGUAGAACUUUUGUCUGAUUGGGCGAACAAUCUAGUAAAGGAAAUUGACGAAACGCUUUCUUGUAGUGAUCACGAGGAAACAAGUGUUCUUAUUUCUAGUCCAGUAAGAAACCUUUGUAAUGAAUGUGAUUCUUGUUCUUCCAGAAAGAAAACAACACACAAUGAUGGUAUUUACACAAACGUCGCACGCGGACGCGAACCUUGGUAUUGUAAAUAUCGCGCGAAGUACAAUUUUCGAAAUCGAUGCUUAGGGAAAUCAAGAUUGAUUAGACAAAACUCUUAUCCUUCUAAGGUGGAAGAAGUUGACACAUUACAAUCCAGAUCAACGACUCGACGGUCAUCGUGCCCCUCUAGAAAACCUUAUAGUCCAGUAGACUCAAAACUUACUUGGGAAACUGCUAUUCAAACCAGUGAUGACGAUUACUUGAUUCCAAGAACAGGAGGAGGAACCAUUCCAAAUGAUCAUUCUUCACAGAAGCUUCGAACAGAGAUUAGUGUUCCAGCAUGUCUGGAAAACUGUGAAUCACCAGUUAACAAAUUUCCUUCCAUUUCGAAUCGGAAUGGACAUUCCGAUUUGACCCCAAAACUUCCAGUCCAGACCAUUUUGACGAAAAACGAGCUUGACCACGAACACCAAACACAUGUAUAUUCAAAGCUUGGUGAGGCCAACGAUAAACACAGUUUUCUCCAAAGUGUUUCAGAAGUUGUGGAUGUUAGGAACACGAAAGGGGUGGAUAUCCAAUCACAGGCUGACUCGGAUCUCGAAGCAUAUCCUGUAUAUAAAGGUGAUUUGGUUAUUGUUGCGUCACAAGAACACAUGAACGAAGAUAAUAGGACUAACAUCUAUCGUAACAGUCUUCCCUUAUCCACAAUGACAAAAGCACCAAUGAUGAGAAGAAGGAGUAAUUGUGAGAUUGAAACAAUCCAAGACUUGACACUACUAGUUAAACAAAGAUCUAAAAGUGACACUGAUGUUCCACAGAAACGGAAUACAGAUCUAAUUGUUCCCAAAUCAGAAACAAAAGUCAUCUAUGACGAAACAGUUAUUUCUUAUCGUAAUAACACUUUUGGUAAUACCAAUUUUAAAGCUGUUUCUUGCUCCGAAUUCGGCCAUGGAUUUUUAGUUGCUUAUUCGAAAAAUCAGACUAAUUACGAUAUUGAGCUGGUAAGGAAGAGAAUUUCCAGUGAUGAUGAUAAAUUAAGUUUGGGGAAAUUGUCUUCCACAGACAGCUGGAAGUCUGCAGAACAAGAACCUGCUGAAGACGAUUCUUUAACAUUUGCUGAUGUAAUUAGCUCUUCUGAUGAAACUGCUCCACAAUCGCAACUUUUGGAUGUUUUGGAAGAUAAAGAAGCACUUUCCGAGACGAAAAUAUCAUGUAAUGAUGAUGAUGUAUCACGAAUUUUGGAGCGGAAUUUCUCCCAGACAAACAAAAAUGAAAAAUCUGCAGAUUUUACAGAGAUCCGAAAUGACGGAAACAAAAGACUGCACGAGGAGGACAUGACAAAGAAAAUGUCUUCAGAGUUUUUACAUGGUCAUUGUAGAACUAAUGGACAAAAGUCAUCAGAAUUUGCAACAUAUUCUGAGCAGACACCAACUGGCAAUGGAAAGGUCAACGAAAAAACGCCUGAACCUACUUGCUUCUCUUCUCAUGUAGCAGCUGACCACUCGGGAUCAUCCUCAACGGUAUCAUCUCAAUUGAGCCGGCACGACUUGGAAGAUUUCAUGAGGAAAGUAGAAGACUGUGCCUACCAGCCUCCACCUAACGGCCAGUUAGGGUACCACACCGAUAGCGUGAGUGAGAACGGAACCUCAGGACGCGAACUACAGGCACAGGACGCGAUCACUCAGACGACUCCACAUACGUCUAGAAGCUCGAGCUAUACACGGAUCACUGAUUGUGACUUGACCGGUUCUGGAAGUUUGUCCCAAACUCAAGAAGAUUCAAACCUUUCAAAAGAAAGUUCACUCUCGUUGUCUUCUUCGAGUAUAUCCGAGGUUUUGUCGAACACGUCUACCUCUUCGCCCAUCAAAAGCACCGAGGGCGACUCUGAUGAAGCCCCCGGUACGGAUUAUUUCAAGUUUGAAAAGCAUGUCGGAAGCAGUAGUAGUUUUACUCUGUCAGAAUAUUCGUCCCAGUCAGAAGAUGAAAUCGACUGUAGGUUAUGUAACCUUACUGACCAGUCCACUACCGGACCAUCAGCUGCAGAGAAACGUAACCUUACUGACCAGUCCCCUACCGGACCAGCAGCUGCAAAGGAACAAAACCUUACUGACCAGUCUACUACCGGACCAUCAGCUGCAGAGAAACAAAAAUUUACCUCUGACCAGUCUACUACCGGAUCAUCAGCUGCAGAGGAACGUAACCUUACUGACCAGUCCACUACCGGACCAUCAGCUGCAGAGAAACGUAACCUUACUGACCAGUCCACUACCGGACCAGCUGCUGCAGAGGAACAAAACCUCACUGACCAGUCCACUAGCGGACCAGCAGUUGCAGAGGAACAAAACUUUACCUCUGACCAGUCCACUACCGGUCCAGCAGCUGCAAAGGAACAAAACUUUACUGACCAGUCCACUAGCGGACCAGCAGUUGCUAAGAAAGACGAACUUUGUGUGCUUCAUUCUAAGAUUCAUCAUACGUUCGUAUUUCCUCGUAAAAUACAUUCUGGUUCGGAAGUUCAGUCCAAAACAGUCAGAACUAUUGAUGAUAGUAAUGAAUGUUAUAAGACAAGCUCGCAUGGAACGACAAAAUACACAGAUAUUGUAGAAAUUCGGCCUUCCUCUUGUGUCCAAACAUUACCCAAACUUACCGGGAAAACUUAUAGCAACGGUUAUCAGUCAGAGCGGACAACGAAACGAACGCAAUCCGAAGCGAACAAACGAGAUUAUACUUCGCCACGGGUUAAACUCUUCCUUCGUGAAAUGAAUUUUAAAUCUUCUUCAGCUCCGUUAUUACGACUGCAACCUCACGCCCUGAAAACCAACUCGACAGAUGCUCCCGAUGACGUCACGUGUGUCGCGACGGCCGAGGAAAACAAGGUUUUCAACCCUCCACGGUCCCAGUCUGUCAAAGAAUUAUCAG